CGAUAACCGACGAAGAAGAAAUGCUUGCAACGAUGGCGCCAGCUCAAGCUAACAUCGUCAUGCUUAUCUGUCCUUAUUAAAUACUUAUCACACUCCGGCAUCUUGGCGUGCACUUGUCUCAUUAAAGGCGAGCAAUGGCCAACGCGCAGUCCGCCCUAAAGCUGACCGUGUGCCUCCUGGUGGUCACAGAGCUGCUUCUGGCCAAGAAGAAUUACUACCACAUUCUGGGAGUGCCUGAGGACGCCACCGAGCGGCAGGUAAAGAAAGCUUUUCACAGGCUGGCCAUGAGGCAUCACCCUGAUAGGAACAACAGUCCGGAUGCAGAAGCCACAUUCAGGGACAUUGCUGAAGCUUACGAAACGUUAUCAGAUGCAACCCGAAGACGCGAGUAUGAUCAGUUUGGUGGCAGCGCUCCCUUUUUCACCGGUGGCACGCAGCAGAGGCAGAGAGCCCACCAGUCCUUCAGCUUCAAAUUCGACGACAUAUUCAAGGAUUUUGACAUCCACAGCCACGACCGGCACGCCCGCCACAGAAGACACUUUGACGAGCACGCCGCACGAGAGCCGCACGGUCGACGCAAGAGACAUUUUCAAGGGGCGGGUUUCUUUGACGACGCGUCGGACGACGUCGAGCGAAUGUUUACCUUGCACAGACACCCGAAGCAGAGCCAGAAUGGGUUUCACGGCACGUCCAAGCAGCACUGCAGGACGGUGACGCAGCGCAGAGGAAACAUGGUGACCACAUACACGGACUGCACUGCAUCCUAACAUCCAUCCAUCCAUCCAUCCAUCUUCUUCCGCUUAUCCGAGGUCGGGUCGCGGGGGCAGCAGCCUAAGCAGGGAAGCCCAGACUUUCCUC